UCAGUGCUGACGUGUAGCUCAUCUAACCGCCUUGCUUAACUUGGACUUUGACUCUUUGUUUGUCUUUGACUCACUCUGCUUCCUGGUACACAACAGUCCUCACAGAGGCGGAUGUGCGCUCUACUUCCUUGAUGACAACUAACACCUUUAGAGCUCUGAUCUCUGCCUGUUUUGACGAUUUUGCUGCUCAGAUGUCGAAAAGGGUGAAAAUGUGCGGGGUGCAGCUGCUGCGGGUGUCGGUCCAUGAGCGGAUGAGCGCCGCCGCUGAAGACGUCCUGCUGCGGGUGGAAACAGGAGAAGAAGCGGCGCUGAGAGCGCUGCUCACCGAGCGGCUAACGGCGGCUGCGGAGGAGAUCGUCGGUCUGUUGGAGGAAACCGUGGCGGAGUACGAAGACAGAGUGGAGCGGUCAGAGCGGGAGAUCUGCCGCCAGAGGAGGCUGCUCGAAGCCGUGCUGAAGCCCCAAGUCCGGCUGCACAGAGCAGAUUUACAUUCAGCUGUCCAGUACGUGAUCAUCGUCAAAAAGGAGCCAGAGGAGCAGAGCUGCAGUCAGAACCAGGAGGAGCCAGAGCCCCCACACAUUAAAGAGGAACAGGAGGAACCUCGGACCAGUCAGCAGGGAGAGCAGCUUCAGGGGCUGGAGGAGGCUGAUAUCACCAAGGUUACAUCCACUCCUGUUUCUGUGAAGAAUGAAGAAGAUGAAGAGAAACCUCAGUCCUCACAGCUUCAUCAAACACAAACUGAACAGAUGGAAACAGAAGCUGAUGGAGAGGACUGUGGAGGACCAGAACCAGACAGGAACUCUGAUCCAGAUCCACAUUUACAACCUGAUACUGGUGACGAGCCUGCAGACUCUUCUGAACCUAAGACUGAUGACAGUGGUGAUUGGAAGGAGACCGGAGAUUCCAGAUUUAGUGCUGGUGAGAAACGAUUUAGAUGCUCUGAGUGUGGGAAAAGAUUUGGCAAGAAGUACCAUCUGAACAGACACAUGAGUGUUCACACAGUGAAAACUCUCAACUGCUCAUUUUGUAAGGAAUCUUUUUCACAUAGGAAGAUUCUGUGUCAACACAUGAAAACCCACAAAGGAGAGAAACAUUUCAGCUGCUCAGUGUGUAAUGAAGCUUUCAGUCGAAGUUGGAAUCUAAAUCGACACAUGUUAACCCACACAGAGGAGAAACCUUUCAGCUGCUCUGUUUGUAAGAAAUCUUUCACACAGAGUGCAUAUUUAAAGUCACACAUGAAAGGCCACAAAGGAGAGAAACCUUUCAACUGCUCAGUUUGUGGUAAAGGGUUCAUCAAUCGUUGGGAUCUGAAGAACCAUAUGAGAGUUCACACAGGAGAGAAACCUUUCAGUUGCUCAGUUUGUAUGAAAUCUUUCAAAAGGAUUUCACAUUUAAAGGUACACAUGAGAGUCCACACAGGAGAGAAACCUUUCAGCUGCUCAGUUUGUCAGAAAUAUUUCAUAGAGGGGGGAGCUUUAAAGACGCACAUGAGAGUUCACACAAGAGAGAAACCUUUCAGUUGCUCAGUUUGUCAGAAGUCUUUUGCAGAGAGGGGAACUUUAAAGAAGCACGAGAGUUUACACAGAACGAUAGCAGAGUACGAGGAGCAACUUUGUCGUUCAAGGGAGAAAAACGAGCGACAACAGAAACUACUGGACGCUGUUUUCAACCGUCAGCUUCACUCACACAGAGCAGACGUCCAGCAGCUGCUGGUGGUUAAAGAGGAGGUUCCCUCUGAGCAGCAGGAGAGAAGCUCCACUCUAGACCAGGAGGACCCAGAGCCCCCACACAUUAAAGAGGAACAGGAGGAGAAACCUCAGUCCUCACAUCAAACACAAACUGAAGAAUUGAAAACAGAAGCUGGUGGAGAGGACUGUGAAGGACCACAACCAGACAGGAACUCUGAUCCAGAUCCACAUUCACAACCUGAUACAAGUCAACAGCCGGGAGACUCUUCUGAACCUGAGACUGAUGACAGUGCUGAUUGGAAGGAGACCGAAGAACAUCAGUCAGGUUUAAACUGUUUGAAAAAAGAUGGCGGCUCCGUCAGGGAUUCAAGAUUUAGGGCUGGUGAAAAACAAUUUAGCCAUCUGAAGAGACAGAUGAGAGGACACACAGGAGAGAGACCUUUCAGCUGCUCAUUGUGUAAUAAAUCUUUUACACUUAGGGGGACUUUAAAGCUACACAUGAGUUGCCACACAGGAGAGAAACCUUUCAGCUGCUCAGUGUGUGGUAAAAGUUUCAGUAGGAGUGGUUAUCUGAGGAAACACAUGAAAGUUCACACAGGAGAGAAACCUUUCACAUGUUCAGUGUGUGGUAAAGGUUCCGGGAAUAGUAGGGAUCUGAAGCAUCACAUGAGAGUUCACUCAGGAGAGAAACCUUUCAGCUGCUCAGUUUGUGAGAAAUCUUUCAAACAGAUAACACAUUUGAACGUACACAUGAGAUACCACACAGGCGAGAGACCUUUCAGCUGCUCAGUUUGUAAGAAAUCUUUCACACAGUUGCAACAUUUAAAGGGACACAUGAGACACCACACAGGAGAGAAACCUUUCAGCUGCUCAGUUUGUGAGAAAUCUUACACAUAUAUAAAAAAUUUAAAGGUACACAUGAGACUGCACACAGGAGAGAAACCUUUCAGCUGCUCAGCCUCCAGUCAGCAGCCCACAGGAAAAGAUGCAAAACAGAAGCUGAUAGAGAGGACUGUGGAAGACCAGAAGCGGCCAAGAACUCCGAUCCAGAUGGACAUGUCUAAAGUCCAAACGGUGAGAGCGCUGGUGGAGCAGCGACUGACUGCGGCUGCUGAAGAGAUAUUUGGGCUGUUUGAAAGAACGAUAGCAGAGUACGAGGAGCAACUUUGUCGUUCAAAAGAGAAGAACGAGCGACAACAGAAACUACUGGACGCUGUUUUGAGCCCUCAGAUUCAGCUUCACAGAGCAGACAUCCAGCAGCUGUCAGUGAGUGAAGAGGAGGUUCCCUCUGAGCAGCAGGAGAGGAGCUGCAGUCUGGACCAAGACCAGGAGGAGCCAGAGCCCCCACACAUUAAAGAGGAACAGGAGGAACCUUGGAGCAGUCAGCAGGGAGAGCAGCUUCAGGGGCUGGAGGAGGCUGAUAUCACCAAGUUCACAUUCACUCCUGUCCCUGUAAAGAGUGAAGAAGAUGAAGAGAAACCUCAGUCCUCACAGCUUCAUCAAACACAAACUGAACAAUUGAAAACAGAAGCUGAUGGAGAGGACUGUGGAGAACCAGAAUCAGACAGGAACUCUUAUCCAGGUCCAUAUUUACAACAUGAUACUGAUGACAGUGCUGAUUGGGAGGAGAUCAGAGAACUUCAGUCAGGUUUAAAGUGUUUGAAAAAAGAUGACUGCUCUGUCGGAGAUUUCAGAUUUAGGGCUGAUGAGAACCGAUUUAGCUGCUCUGAGUGUGGGAAAAGUUUUGGCUCCAUGCACCGUCUGAAGAGACACAUGGUUUCUCAUACAGGGGAGAAACCUUUCAGCUGCUCAGUUUGUCAGAAAUCUUUUUCACAGAGGUCUGGUUUAAAGUCACACAUGAUACUCCACACAGGGGAGAAGCCGUUCAGCUGCUCAGUUUGUCAGAAAUGUUUUUCACAAAGGUCUGGUUUAAAGUCACACAUGAGACUCCACACAGGGGAGAAGCCUUUCAGAUGUCCAGUGUGUGGUAAAGGUUGCAGUAAUAGUGGGGAUCUGAAGAAACACAUCAGAAUUCACACAGGAGAGAAACCUUUCAGCUGCUCAGUGUGUGGUAAAUGUUUCAGUAAUAGUGGGGAUCUGAAGAAACACAUCAGAAUUCACACAGGAGAGAAACCUUUCAGCUGCUUAGUAUGCGGUAAAGGUUUCAUCACUAGUGGGGCUCUGAAGAAACAUCUCAGAGUUCAUACAAGAGAGAAACCUUUCAGUUGCCAUAUUUGUGGCAAAAGAUUUGCCUGGAAUUCACGAGUCAAAGCACAUAAAUGUGCUGGCCGGUCGUCCUCAAAGUUUCAUCAAACUGAGGAGAACAAAGAGUCAGAGCCUCCAGUCAGCAGUCCACAGGAAGAGAUGCAAACAGAAUUUGAUGGAGAGGACUGUGGAAGACCAGAAGCAGCCAGGAACUCAGAUCCAGAUGAACCAGAUACUGAUGAGAAGACUGGAGAUUCUCCUGAACCUGAGACUGAUUACAGGGGUGACUGGAAGUAAACUAGCAAAACUCAGUCUGCUGUAAAUUCUUAGUACAGGAAAGUCCGCAAUCUUUAAAUAAAAAAAUUAAUCUUUAAAAAGAAACACAAGCUUAUUUGCAUAGUACUGUACUAAUUUUCUGCAAAUGUGUGAAAAUAUGUAUCUCUUAACAUGUUUGUAGAUCACCCUGCAUGU